AAGUUUUAACCAUUCUAACCUUUUGUGUAACGUGCAUUGGAUUAAGAGCAUCAGGCAACACUUGUGCAGUGUUUUUCCACUUUGAAUUCUGCUAGUGGUUUAGGUUCCCACCUUAACUAUCAUUCUUUGAUUAGUACUUGACUGUUUUGUGAUUGGACCUCUGAGAUGAAUACACUGAAUCUGCAAAAACUGUAAUAAGGAGCCUGUAAAGUAUGAUGAAGGAUGCAAUUAAAACAGACUGUUCUGGAGGCAUUAACCAUUUAUAAUGCUCUUAAAAGCUCCUCUAAGGUUUGGUCCAGUUUCUUAAAAUACCUUGGUGGUCAAAAGGGCUAUUUGCUGAUGCAGUAAGGACAGGUUUAGGUCAUCCCUAUUGAAAUGCGCAAAAUGGUGGUGGUGGUGGAAUCUGAUCUCAUAAGAUUCUAUUUUCAUUAAACUGAGGCUCCAUGAUUUAGAGGCUGGGACUCCCAUCAGCCACAGCCAGCAUGGUCAACAUCUGGAGUAUCUCAGGUUACUCACCCCUCUUCUAAAGGAUGGCUAGGUACACUUUAGGUAUCCUUUGUAACAUAUAUUGACUGGUCCGAACAAUUCUUUAUCUCUUGAAUUGUUGUAUUCUUCCUGUGGUGUUUCCCUUUCCAUAAUUAUUUUGUGCAUUGUAUUUUGAAGCAGUUUAUAUUUUACUCCACAUUAUCAAGAUGCCUCCGUGCCUUUAUUCUUCUGCUCUACAUCCAAACUAUUUGCAACACAAGCUGAGGCAGAACUGAGCUCUUUGUUACACAGAGACUCUGCUUGUGUGAACAUAAGCCUGGCAACAGCUUGUUCAGAUCAUGCUAUGAAUGGUCUCUUGAGAAGCCCAUAAAAGAAUUAAAACAUAUCACCUGAGAAAUGUGAUAUUGAUAAUUUUCCAUGCCCUGCUUGAGCUUCUGUUUGCAUUCACCACAGCAAUGGCACUUCUGAAGUGCUGAAUCCUCUCAGCAUUCAGAGAGCAAAGUGAUUGAGUGGCUGAGGAAAAAUAAGCUCCAUUGAUUCCCCAUGGAAGAUAAUGAUUGGAUGAUUGGUUUCUUUAACACAGAAAAGCACUGACAUUUAAAACUGCUCUAUUUUCGGGGGUUUUGAUGGUAAUUAUUUCAAAGGCAAAUUGUAAUUUUUGCUUUCCUGCUGUGCCUGCAGCUUGAUGUCAUUUUGCACAGGUGAAUUUUACUCUUAGAACUGAGACACAAAGUCAAAGCCAGUGGGGCUUUACACUUUCAACAGAACAAGAAGAAAAACCUCAGACAUUCAGCAGCUGCUCCUGAAAACUAUAUUUUAAAAGUAUAAGAAGACUGUUGAGAUCAGUCACAUCAUGAACCAAGCACACGAGGAAGUCUCAGGACACAACUUGGAACAGUACGGAUGUCUAAGAAGACUGUUUCCCUAGCUGAGUAACUUUGCAUCUCUUUAAGCUAUAAAAUGCAUGGACAUUAUGGUGACCAGCUAACGAAGGCAAAGUUGGAGAAAUGAUGGGCUGUUAUUCUGUCAGAACCUUAUUUUUUUAACAGAGUUUUUGAAAUCGCAGAGACAGACGAUGACAAUCAAUACCGAUCAAUUGGAUGUUCCAGCCAUGGAAGACAACUCAAGUUUUUGGGACAGUUUGAUAUAUGCACACCCAAUCUGUGUCAACUGGAAGUCGGAAGCAGAAGGAUCGAUCUAUCAUUUGGCCAGCAUCUUGUUUGUUGUUGGCUACAUGGGUGGAAGUGGCAUUUUCGGCCUGCUCUACGUCUUCUUUUUGCUUGGACUAGGUUUUCUCUGCUCGUCCGUCUGGUCAUGGCUGGAUGUCUGUGCAGCUGACAUUUUCUCUUGGAAUUUUAUACUGUUUGUGAUAUGCUUUGUACAGUUCAUUUAUGUGGCCUACCAAGUCCGGAGUGUUGCCUUUGACAAAGAAUUCCAGGAGCUUUACCUUGCUAUGUUCCGGCCCCUGGGGAUUUCAAUGACCAUUUUUAGAAAGAUCAUCCUGUGCUGUGAUGAAGAAGUAGUUACACUGGAGAAGGAGCACUGUUAUGCCAUGCAAGGCAAAACACCAAUUGAUAAGCUCUCCUUGCUUCUGUCAGGAAGGAUCAGAGUGACAGUGGAUGGGGAAUUUCUGCAUUAUAUUUUCCCCCUCCAGUUUCUGGAUUCGCCUGAAUGGGAUUCACUAAGACCCACAGAAGAAGGCAUUUUUCAGGUAACCCUCACAGCAGAAACAGACUGUCGAUAUGUGGCCUGGAGGAGGAAAAAAAUGUAUUUACUCUUUGCUAAACACCGAUUCAUCUCACGGAUAUUUUCGAUUCUGAUUGGGAAUGACAUUGCCGAUAAGCUCUAUGCUCUGAAUGACAGAGUGAACCUGGGGAAAGGAUUCCGAUGUGACAUCCGCUUACCAAACUUCUAUCAUGUGUCCAUUCCAGAGGCACCCAAAAUGCAACCUGUAAACCAGAUUCAGCACAGCUCAAGACAACAUUAACCAAUAUUGUAAAAUGUGACUGUGUUUCAGCAUGAUGCAUUUUGCCUUCAUUGCACCUGGAAUGAACUGUGGCAGUUUCAUAAAAAAACAAAUGGAAGAUUCUCAUUAAGGCAACUUUAAAAUAAAAAGCGAUUUUUUUUCCAGUGGAAAGGAAGAGAAAAAACUAGCUCAGCUCCUUUCACCGUGUCUAAGCUAGCAGGAUGCCAUCUUGACUGAUCGUGCGUUAUGAUUAGUUUCUGUUUACUCCUUCUGCUCAUCUUACUAUGUUGCGGGGGAUGGGGGCGCAGAUAUAAAUUAUUAUGGGAUAAAGCUUUGUUGUAAUUGUGGUGCCUCGGAUAUUGUGGUCUCAAAAAUGACAUUUGCACAGA